UCAUCACGAUCCCUUCAUAAUUAACACAAGAGACGGAAAAAGAUUAUGGCAAAAAGAUACAAUUUUUUGGUAUUUUUAGUUCAAAUUUUACUACUACAGACUUAUAAGAUUGAUGCCAAAAUUUCAGCAAUUAUAGUUUUUGGUGAUUCAUCAGUUGAUGCUGGAAAUAAUGAUUAUAUUCCAACGAUGGCAAGGAGCAAUUUUGAGCCGUAUGGCAGGGACUUUCAAGGCGGCCGGCCCACCGGGAGAUUUUCCAAUGGUAAAAUUACUACUGAUUUUAUAUCAGAGGCUAUGGGGCUGAAACCAACAAUACCAGCCUUUUUAGAUCCAGCUUACAAUAUUUCAGAUUUUGCUGUUGGAGUUACUUUUGCUUCUGCUGCUACUGGCUAUGACACUGCCACUUCUGACGUCCUAUCAGUGAUACCCUUUUGGCAGCAACUGGAGUUUUACCAGAACUAUCAAAAGAGACUAAGGGCUUAUCAAGGAGAAACAAAAGCUAGAGAAACUAUAACAGAGGCUUUGCACUUAAUAAGCAUAGGAACGAAUGAUUUUGUAGAGAACUAUUAUGCGAUUCCAGGAGGCAGAUCAUCUCAAUAUAGCAUUGGACGAUACCAAGUUUAUCUUGCAGGAAUUGCUGAAAAUUUUAUAAGAAAACUUUAUAGUUUUGGUGCUAGAAAAAUAUCCCUUGGAGGUUUACCUCCAAUGGGGUGUAUGCCAUUAGAGAGAACUACAAAUGUUAUGGCUGGUUAUGAUUGUGUUCAGAGCUAUAAUGAUGUGGCUGUGGAGUUUAAUGGCAAGUUAAACAGUUUGGUUGAGAAGCUUAACAAAGAACUUCCUGGAAUCAAAUUGGUUUUCGCAAACCCAUUUUACAUUUUCUUGCAAAUCCUCAAAUAUCCUUCAGUCUAUGGAUUUGAGGUGACUUCAACGGGAUGCUGUGCAACAGGGAUGUAUGAGAUGGGAUAUGCAUGUGCCAGAAAUGGUGCAUUUUCAUGCACAGAUGCAGACAAGUAUGUGUUUUGGGAUUCUUUCCAUCCCACACAGAAAACAAAUCAGAUCAUUGCUAAUUAUGUGGUCAAGCAUGUGUUUUCCAAGUUCAAUUAAUUAUAUAUUAUUGUCCCUACUUUAAUUCUCAUGUAUUAAUUAAUUAUAAACUUAUUUUGUGUUAUUAUAUAAUUAAUUUCUCUCCAACCACGAAUGAUUUUUGUGUAUUGAUUUGAUCUUUGUCUUUA